AUGUCGGGUGAUGUUCAACCCAGAAAAAGAAAAGAUAAAAAGAGGAAAAAAGAAGAUGAAGUUUACGCUGAAAAACUCCACGUGCCGAUAUUCACGAAUAACACCGUAACCGAGGAUGUCAACAUUCACGUGCACAAAGAAGGAGGAACCGGUGGCGGAAUUUGCGCCAAACUCGUGUUCUUUGUUUUGUUCUCAGUCCUGAUUGCUCUAGUCGGACUCAUCAUAACCGAACACAGAGGCCUAACUGAUCUCGAUACUAUAGAAAACUCGAAAAUUGCGCAACUGUUCGAAGGUUGGAUUGACAAUAACGACGAUCACGAUACCCAUGAUAUAGAAGAUCCCGGUUCCAAUGAACAUGAUGAACAUGAACACGAUGAUCAAGAUGAUUUGAGCGAACUCGACGAAUAUGAUGAAGGACACGAAGAUGAUGACGAUGUAUCCGAAGAAAUUGAUGAACAUCAGCAUUCUGAGGAAGAAGACGAUCAGAACACUGAACUAGAUGAUGAAGAUGAUGACGACGAAGGUAAUGAAGAUCAAGAUGAAGAUGAAGAUGAAGAGGAGGCCGAAAGGGAAAUCGCGUCUGAUGAACGCAAUGAAGAUGAUGAGGAUGAUAUUCAAGAUAACGAUAAUAUUGUCGAUGAAGACGAUGUUGAAGAAGACGACGACGAUGAUGAUGAUGAUGGAAUCGACGAAAAUCAGGAAGAUAACCAACUAGACAAUGAAGAUGAAAUCGACGAAGAGAAGGACGCCAGUCGAGAAGAACAAGAAAAAUCGGAUGAAAUUGCAGAUGAACCAGUCGAUGAUAAUAAUGAUGAUGAAAAUGAAGAGGAUAAUGAUGAUGAAGAUCAUUAUCCUGAAGCUAAUGAAGAAGAUGCAAAAGAUAACGUGGAUAAUAUUAUAAACAGUAAUGAAAAAGAUGAUGAUGAUGAUGAUAAUGAUACUGAUGAUAAGGAAGAAUUGAAAUCAGCCGAAAAAGAUAUAAAAAAUGAGCCAGACGAUAAAGAAGAGCAAGAAGACAUUAAAGCAGAAGAAACUGUUGAAAAUUCAAGCAUGGCUCUGAAACUCGGUGUCGGAGUAGCACUACUUGUGGUUGCUCAUCUUGUCUUGGUUAAGAAAUGGAGAAAUAAUGCUGGCGAUGACGACAAGCCCGCCGAAGCCGCUUCGAUACCAAACAUCCAAGACAGAAGGAACACCAUCGUAGUGCCUCCGACCUUCAACGAAGUCGAACCCGACAUAGAGCAAGUCCAAGAAGACUUCUCCGAAGAGGAGGACAUGGAGGAAGACGAGCCCGUGGAGGUGAAUAAUACGAAAACUAAGUACCAAGAACUGGCUUCGGCGUACAUACGCCCGACGGACAAGGCCAACGAUUUCGAUGACGACUUCGACGACGAGGAGCUCGAUGAAGAGGAGGUGGAGGAGGAAGAGGAGGAAUUCGACGAGGAAGAAUACGAAGAAGGCGACGCAGAAGAUGAAGACGAGGAAUUGCUGAAGCGAUUGGAGGCUCGAUAUGGGAAACUGCAGAAGGAAAACGAAUAUGACACAGUAGAAGGUAGAGGAUAUGAUAGUGAAAAAGAAUCAGACGAUGACUAUGAUUACACGAAUAAUGAUGAUAAGCAACGCGAUGAUCGUGAAGCUCUGAAGAGUGCUACAGGAAAUGUAAGAAACAGAUUGAUAUAA